AUGGAACAACCAGCCAUCACGUUGCUCAAAAAUUUGAAUCUCAACCAGGAUGACUAUACCAUCAAAGUUCGCAUUGUCAGACUAUGGAGUCGAGCAGCCUUCAAUGAUUCUCGAAAGGUUUAUUGCUAUGAUAUGAUUUUAAUGGACGAAGAGGGGACGAAAAUUCAAGCCUUUGUCUUAGCCAAGACUGCCAGAGAGUAUGAACAUUUGUUGAAGGAGAAGCAGUGUUUGUUCAUCCGUAAUCCUUCAUUAGGCGAGAAUCGACAGAAAGUGAAGUAUGUCCAUAUUUCGACGAAAAUUAAUCUAAACAGCAACGCAAUAGUUUCGGUUUGUGAUGAACCUGUUGGUACUGAGUGGGGAUUCGACUUCUCUUCCUUUAGUUCUGUUGUUCAAGACCCGACUGACGACAAUAAGUCCUUUAAAAGUCCAAUUGACGUAAUUGAUUUUGUCGUUAAGAGUUUUCCUUAUGAUCUAAAAGAGGAUACCAAAGACGGGAAACAAGAAAAGAAGCUAACAUUCAUGCUUCAGGAUUUAGAGUUUAGGGAAGCAAAUAUAUGUUACUCUUUGGGAUGCUUAUGCUGA